AAUAAGAAGAACUCCAAAUCACUAAACAGCUGGCAGAGCAUCACCUCCAAGUACCUGAAAGAAAUCCAUCAGAGAAGAAAGACAUGGUUGACAGUGGGGAUCACCUCAGAGUCAGGAAACGGUCAAAAUGGCCUCCUGGAUACCCUGGCCUCCCUGUACCACGCCUCCUCCACAUCUGAGCAGAGACAAAUGACUGUGCUGGUCCACCUGGCCGACUCUGACCCCACCUGGCUCAAGAGAACUAUCUUCCGCAUUUCAAGUCUCUACAGGUCCCAGAUUUUGACAGGGCAAUUACUACUGAUCCAUGCCCCACCUGAUGCCUACCCCACUGUGUCUAAUGUCCAGAAGGAGAUCUCUCAGGGGCAGAUCUACUCCAAGCAGAAUGUAGAUCACGCUUUCCUCAUGAGCUUUGCCACAAAGCUCUCCCCUUACUUCCUGUUGAUAGAGGACGAUGUCUUUUGUGCCCCCAAUUUUGUCGACCACAUUCGCUCAAAGGUGAUCGGCAGGAAGCCCAACACAUGGGUGCUCCUGGAGUUCUCUAAUAUGGGCAUCCUGGGUAAACUUCUCCACAGCAAGGACCUUCCACUCCUGACCCGUUUCCUCCUCCUCUUCCACAAGGAGCGACCUCUCGACUGGCUGAUCCGUCAUUUCUGUACCCUCUUGGCCCAGCAAAGCCCAAUCCUCUACAGACCCUUUCUCUUCUACCACAGGUUGACUCACUUCACUUUCACAAACAACGUAACAGACCAGGAAGAAGAUCUUCCUUGUCCCGAUAGCCUCACUGGAACGGUUUUCACGGACAUGAGGUUCUCUGAUGUUCAUUCCCCGCAGGCGGCCUAUGCUCUGGACGAGUCUUUCUUUUGGUCCUACAAUGUCAGUACAGGGAACUACUUGAUCUUGAUUUUGAACAAUCCAGCGAACCUCGACAGAGUGCAAAUAAGAACAGGCUCCAUCACGGAUGGAAAGUACAUCCUAGAGAAAGGACAGGUGGAACUAGGCUACGAGCCUGAAGGAACGCCCCCGAACUGCACCAGCUUUACCCUGCUUGGCCAUCUUGUGCAGGGGCAGAUGGAUCAGAUCAUCCUGAAAAGUGCUGGGUCUGAAGUAAGCUGCGUGAAGCUGGCAGUGAACGCUAAUCAGGUCGGGGGUCUCAUGGUCAGGCAUAUCUACAUCUGGGGGGAGAAUGCCGAAGUCAGAAGAAAUAAUCAAAGAUAUGAUAAGUGGUGAUGCUAUGUCAGUACCAACAAUUAAAAGCUCGAACCGUUUCAUCCAGCCAAUCUGAGCAAUCCGAGGGGACGGUAGACAGGAAAGCAGGCCCGUGUCCCCGAGUGGAGCAUCCUCCACCUCAGCCUUCAGCGGCUACGUGCCCUGCUCACUGGGUUUGAAAAGAAAGUCUCAGACAGGCCCAGACAUGUGGGACAUUUCUGUUAUUGCCAUCCCCACCCAGGUGAGAAGGGAGGGGUGGGUUUUUUCCAACCAAAAGGCCUCAGAGUAGGAUCCCCUCCCUUCUAGCUGGGCUACUUUAAGAAACCUGAGCGUCAGGAAUCAAUAUGUCACAAGAGAUAGGACAGAGAAGCGGGGCUCCCUGACUUCCCACUAGCAACAUCGCCUAUCACCUUCCUUCCAUCAGUGAGGGUGGAGACGGGUAUCAGCUGGUACCAGAAGGAAGGGUGGGCGUGAUGUGGUCUAGUGUGGGAGACCCCUGGGUCUGGGAUGUAAGGCAGAGGUGACAUCUCUGUAGGGUUACUGUGACAAUCAAGUGUGAUAAACGUGCGAGGACUCCAAA